UUGCGAUUCUUACAAUUUUUUCCCCUGAGCUAAAGUUUUAUGCCGCAGCUUUCCUUGUGUUUCGUUAUAGUAGGCUGAGAGUGAAGAUGGCGGCCGGCUCGGAGCGCAGUCCGCCUCCUUUUCCCGACUCAGAGGAGCAGGACCUGGAGCCUGAGUUAGGCGAGGACGAGGACAGCGAUGAAGGAGCGGACAUUUUCACAGGCAGCGUGCUCUCUCAUACACCAGUGGAUCCUCUAAUUCAUGUCAGCGCUAGCGAGUCUCCUAAAGACGUCUUCAGUAAAGCCCUAGAAGAUCCUCUGAAAGACCCGAGUGGCCCAAACGCUGAACCCGAGAAGGACACUAAAGGAGCUGCCUCUGUGGAGGUCGACCUGUUUUCUGAUCCUUUAGGCGAGUCUGGAGCUCAACCAGUCCCUGAUAAAACCAGUGCAUCUUUACUGAAGAGCGACAUCACCAAGAGUUCAGCUGCACAGGGUGAUGUCAAUAGCGAGGUAUUUGGUGCACCUCAAAAUGACAUCAGAAAGUCCGAGGACAUUUUCGAAGAGCCACCAAGAGACGGUACUACUAAAACAGCACCCAAACCUCUAGAUGGCGCUGCAGCCGGUAAGAAAGGACCUGACCUGUUUGGAGAUGAUGAUGACGAUGGUGACGACCUGUUCGAGGAGCCUUUGCAAGCUGCGGUGAAGAAACCUCAGGCAAAGGAAAUCAGUAAAGGGCAUGCUGACCAGUCUAAAGAUGCCGGUCCUGAUCUUUUUACUGAGGUCACCAGAGUCCCACCUGCUGCUGCUUCUGCUGCUUCUGCUGCUGCUGCUGCUAAACCCAGCGUGGACACCAGCUCCAAAACCAACGGACUGCACUCGGACGAGGACGAUCUGUUUACAGAGGCCACUGUUGAGCUCUCUCUGGACAGUCCUCGUAAUGACCGCAGGAAGAGAGAAACACCGAAGGCCUCAGCGCCAGCUUCCUCUCUCUCGGCUUCAGCGAGUGCCUCCAAACCUCAACCUAAAACACUAGAAGAGCUGGAGGAGGAAGAGGAGAAGGAGGACAAAUUUGAUCUGAACAUUUCAGUUACAAACCCAGAGAAAGUGGGUGAUGGUAUGAAUGCCUAUAUGGCCUACAGAGUCUCCACACAGACGACAUUGCCCAUGUUCCGCAGUAAGCAGUUCACAGUGCGCAGGCGCUUCAGCGAUUUUCUGGGUCUCUACGAGAAACUUUACGAAAAGCAUUCACCGAACGGAUACAUUGUGCCUCCACCACCAGAGAAGAGCAUUCUGGGAAUGACCAAAGUGAAGGUGGGAAAAGAAGAUCCAUCAUCAGCCGAGUUUGUUGAAAGGAGGAGAGCUGCUCUUGAAAGGUACCUCCAGAGACUUGUGUCUCAUCCAUCUCUACUGCAAGACCCAGAUGUGAGAGAGUUUUUAGAGAAAGAGGAGUUACCCAGAGCAGUUAGUACCCAGGCGUUGAGUGGAGCUGGAUUCCUCAAGAUGAUCAACAAGGCCACUGAUGCAGUCAGCAAGAUGACCAUCAAAAUGAAUGAGUCAGACAUUUGGUUUGAAGAGAAGCUGCAGGAAGUUGAGAGUGAGGACCAACAGCUGAGAAAGCUCCACGCCAUGGUGGAGUCUCUUGUUAACCACAGGAAAGAGUUGUCUAUGAACACAGCAGUGUUUGCGAAGAGCGUGGCAAUGUUGGGCAGUUCGGAGGAUAACACUGCGCUCUCCCGAGCCCUGUCCCAGCUGGCCGAAGUGGAGGACCGCAUCGAGCAGCUUCAUCAGGACCAGGCUUCUAAUGACUUCUUCAUUUUCGCCGAGCAUCUUGCAGACUACAUCCGCUUACUCGGGGCAGUCAGGGCUUGCUUUGACCAGCGGAUGAAGGCAUGGCAGCGCUGGCAGGACGCUCAGAACAUGCUACAGAAGAAACGAGAGACUGAGGCCAAGCUGCUGUGGGCCAACAAACCAGACAAACUUCAGCAAGCCAAGGACGAGAUCACGGAGUGGGAGUCUAAAGUCAGUCAGUACGAGAGAGACUUUGAGAGAGUAUCUGCCACUGUACGAAAGGAAGUCAUGAGGUUUGAGAAAGAGAAGGCUCGGGAUUUCAAGAAACAAGUCGUCAGAUAUCUGGAUUCACUGCUGAAUUCACAGCAACAGCUGAUCAAGUACUGGGAGGCAUUCUUGCCAGAAGCAAAAGCAAUUGCAUGAUGGCAGUGUACACAAAUAAACACACAUGCAUACACAGGCCUGCUUAAGACUGAGUCUGCCUUUUCUAUACACUUUACCUCUUGCCUAUAAACCAAGAGACGUAAUGCAAAGGGAAAGAGAGAAACAAUCGAUAUAUUUUUUGUUCAUUAAUCAUCAGAAGCUUAUACUCCUUGAUUUAACUCUUUUGUUAAGUUGUUUUUUUUCUUUUCCAUUUAACCUCCACCUUUUUUUUUUUUUUUUUUUUUUUGACAGAACUAGUUUUAGGGGGUGUGUAUGCACGGUGAUGGGACAGGAGCGGUCUGACACAUUAAUUUUUUGUUAAAAAAAAAAGAAUAUUGGUAGUUUUCAGAAAUAGUAGGUGCCAUUAAUGUGAAUAGUGUUCACACCACCCAGGGGAAGAUGAGGGCAUGUUGGAUCCGGAGACUUGGCACGUCUGCAGUGCUAAUGGUUUACAGUAGUGGGCCCUCUGCCUCCGAACGUAAAAGAUAUCGAAAAGAAAGAUAUCACUUUCUAAGUUUGGGUUGUCUUCUGUCCUCCCUCCCUUUGCACUCCCUCCUGUCUCCAUUCCAGCCUCUCUUGUGCCUGGUGUAACCAUCGUUAAUCCUACAUGCGUUCUGACUAAUGAGAGGCGCUCGUUUGGAGUUUGGAAACUGCGCAUUGUGAGCUUCUGCUACGUGUUAAAUGUUUUGAUUGAAAUAAUUCCACAUCAUGACGACAGGUUACGGUGUUAGGGAAGCUAUAUUGUGUAAAUGUGCAAGAAAAGGCAAUGGAAAUUGUUUUCUGAUCUCAAAUCAACACAUAUUAAUCAAAUUCCAUGGAAAGUUAAGUAUUGAAUGAUUCAUUUCCUCAUUGAUGUUUGUCAUUUGGAGGAUGAGGUGUGACAGCGGUGUGCACUGAUUGAUCUAACUUAACCAAAAUGGAAUGGAGACUGAGAAGACCAUAGUGGAUUCUCUUUUAGUUAAUUCACAUGAAUUCAGCUUUCUUUUUUUUUUCCCUCUUCCAGACAAUAAAGCAAUGUAGUAGAAGCUGAAACCCUAUGUCCAUUUAUGAUGGCUUUUAUCUGUUCCUACAGGAGACAUUCCGCACUUUGGCCGCACUUUGGAUGUAGAGAGGUCAUAUGUUUGUCUUUAAAAGAAAAUCUGAGAUAAAUUGCAUUUAUACAUUGUGUACUUAAAUACAGACUGGUUUAGCACUUAUGCUACCAACCAAUGUUACUCUGAAAAAGUUGCCUGUGAGUCCAUUCUUUAAGUGUGUUUUCCUAAAAUCGUGUCUGUUUUGUGCUGCACAUUUUAGGUCCGAGCCACUCUUAUCCAUGAAAUUAAUGAAACAGCAUUUAAGGCAGUGUUACAAUACAAGUGAAUUUGUUCAAUAAUUGUUUAAGCAGAGAUAUAGGCCUUAACAUUUUCAAUUGUAUAGUUUAAUCCAUUAUGCACUUAUCACAUGAGCUUGUUAUUUUUUUUUUUUUUUUUUUUUUAGGUCACCUUUUUUUUCACCCCCAAAAGUGAUAACCAUGGUAUGUGACAUUUUGGAAUGAUUAUCUUUAUGGUGGUUGACAGUCAGUUUUUCUCUGAGCUAACAGAGGAUGUUGUAUUUGAUAAGAAUCAUCUGCAUAUCAUUCCACCUUUUAAUGAAUAAUAAAGAGAGUUGGGAUUUUUCUUUCUUUUUUUUCCCCCCUCCCAGAUUGUAAUGUUGGACAUGCAAGUGGGAUCCUGUGAGUGAGAAUCUAAGGGUCGUGCUUCCUUGUCUGACAUGUUAGACUUUUGAACUGCCAUAAAUGUUUGUAAAGGUUUAUUUGUUAGUCUGUAUUUUUUUAAUCUUUCAACCAAGCUAGUAGAUAUUGCUUAUGCACACCUUCUGUUGAGAAACACAAUAAAGAUAGUUUUAAAAGAA